AAGUUCUUCGUAUGAACUUUCGCCAUUAAUUCCUCUCUCUCCUUCCAUCUCUGCGUAUCGGAAAGAUUUCGCUUUUGGCAGCGGUUCGAUUCUGCGCUGGCGAAGGAGGGGGAGAAAUCAGUAGCUGAUAGACGCUGUUUGAAUCCUCUGGCUGAUUUUGUAGGGCUUGGAUUCAGGUUCGUUUGAUUCGGAUGCUGAUAAGUGAUACGCCGUCGUAUUGUGUUCGGCGGAGCUCGUCGGGGAAUCCGAUCGUCGAGGCGUGUUUUUGGAUAGAUGUUGUGGUCUGGUUUGUGGCGAGUAUGGUUGAUUGAAUUUUAUUUCGUUUUUUUGAGUUUGGGAAGUUAGGAGGGGAGUGGUGCGGCGGCGGAGGAGGCAUGGGGAAGUUGGCGGCUGCUUUGGCGGCGGGGUGUGCGGUUGCGGCAUGCGUUGUGGCUGCAGUUGUGGUCGGGAGGAGUGUGAGGCGGCGGAGGGCGUGGACUAGGGCGGUGAGGGUAGUGGAGGAGCUUGAAGAAGACUGCGUUACCUCCGUCGUGCGGCUGAGGCAGGUCGUCGAUGCUAUGGCGGUUGAGAUGCACGCUGGUCUCGCGUCGGAGGGCGGGUCGAAGCUUAAGAUGCUUCUCACAUAUGUGCAUAGCCUCCCCACUGGGAAUGAAAAAGGAACCUAUUAUGCUCUAGAUCUUGGAGGAACAAAUUUUCGAGUAUUGCGGGUUCAGUUAGGAGGCGACGGAUCUAUUAUCAAACAUGAUAUUGAGCUCCAGCCCAUUCCACAAGAUCUAAUGACCAGCACAAGCGAGGAGCUUUUUGAUUUUAUCGCAACCACCUUAAAGGACUUCAUUGAAAGGGAAGAUGAGAUUUCUGCUACUUCACAACAAGAACGGAGGGAACUUGGCUUCACUUUCUCAUUUCCCGUGAAACAAACAUCAUCAGUUUCAGGUUAUCUGAUCAACUGGACGAAAGGAUUUUCUGUUGAAGACUUGGUUGGGAGAGAUAUUUCUGAGUUUCUGCAGCAAGCAAUAAAUCGGAAAGGCCUGGAUAUGCGAGUGGCUGUUCUUAUAAAUGAUACUGUGGGGACUUUGGCUCUCGGUCAUUUUCAUGAUGAAGACACAGUUGCAGCUGUAGUUUUUGGCACAGGUACAAACGCCUGUUAUUUGGAGCGUGCAGAUGCAAUCAUUAAGUGCCAAGGUCUAGUUACACCUUCAGGAGCAAUGGUAGUCAACAUGGAGUGGGGUAAUUUUUGGUCAUCUCAUUUGCCAAGAACAUCAUAUGAUAUAGACCUGGAUAGUGAGAGUCCUAAUCCAAAUGAUCAGGGUUUUGAGAAAAUGAUAUCAGGAAUGUAUUUGGGAGAUAUUGUACGAAGAGUGAUUCUUCAGAUGUUACAGGAGUCGGAUGUUUUUGGACCCGUUUCAUCUGCAUUACACGUGCCCUUCAUUUUGAGGACUCCUUCGAUAGCUUCCAUGCACGAGGAUGAAUCUCCAGACUUAAGCGAGGUUGCCCGAAUAUUAAAGGAUAUCCUUGAGAUCCCCAAUGUCCCUCUCAAUGCUAGGAAGCUCAUUGUCAAGAUAUGUGAUGUCGUAACCCGAAGAGCUGCCCGGUUAGCAGCUGCAGGGAUUGUAGGAAUACUAAAGAAAAUGGGCCGUGACGGUAGUGGUGGAAUUGCUAGUGGGAAAACCAAAGGCGGAGGACACAACAAGGUGAGGCGAACGGUGGUGGCUGUUGAGGGGAGUUUAUACACAAACUAUGCAAUGUUCAGAGAAUACCUAAACGAAGCUGUAAAAGAAAUACUAGGUGAUGACAUUGCACAGCAUGUCAUAAUUAAGGCAACCGAAGAUGGGCCUGGCAUCGGGGCAGCUCUUGUGGCAGCAUCUCAUACAUCGUCGUCUUCCUCAACAGUGUAAAAAAAAGGUACACACUAUUACUACUACUACUACAGCCGGGUUACACGAAUACUGCAUAUACAUCAUAUAUAUGUAUGUAUUAUGUGUGUGUGUGUAUAUAUAUAUGUGUGUGUGUGUGUGUGUGUGUUUUGUCUACUGAAAUUUUUAAGAUUUCUUGAAUGAAAGGGUCUGUUGAUAUGGUCAUCGUAGGUGCAAUUUUCUUGAUUCCAUCUUAGAAAAAUCUAAGAUGUCUGGAAAUUGUGAAGAUGUCUGUUGUUGUCUGUGUGUGUGUGUGUCUUGAUAUGAUCAUGUUUAGUGGUCCCUGUAGGUUGGAAAUAUUCAGCUUCUAUUUUAUUCUAUUCAUUUAUUUAUUAAAUGCAGUUGUAAUUUCUGAGUA